UUCGUUCUAUUUCCUGCGACGAUGACGACGAUGACGACGAUGACGAUGAUGGCAUAUGUCACGAUGGCGGGUGCUGGUACAACAACGACGCCAUCGUUCUUUACGGCCACGACCAUGGUCGUAAAGAAUUUUAUGGAAAGCAAAAAAGCGGAUAUAGAAAAAGCUUUGGACGUGAUCGAGGCAGCAUCCAGCGGAUCAUUGGGAGAAGAAUGUGUGGAUACAGCAGGUUUCAAAUCUUUGCCAGCUGGCGCAUCCCUUGAUCCACGUCGUUACGACACCGCACGUCAAAAAACGGAUAUGACCGCCAUGAUGUUACAAAAUCUCGGUACUUCCGGUAUAUCACGUUACAACGGAUUAUUGGACGUCUUAGCAAAAUCUUUGCUUCUUUCGGUGAACGAUGCUGUUGAAGCAAGGGUAAUUGCAUUGAAUGCAUCAACCAAAACCGUGAUCAAUGCUGUCUGGCUCAAAAGGAGUCCAGGAAGCGUAGGUGAACCGAUCAAGGUCGAAGAUCAUGCUCUGCAACCAGGAUCCAGACCGAAUUCUAAUCUACCAUGGUUUGAAGAUACUGGUGCCAGUUCGGGAUUAAGGUCACCGAAGUUCAUGCAGUCACCGGCGAUUGAAUCCUACAGGGGUUGGUGGACCAUCCCGUAUUUCUCCUGCAAGACACGCCAAUGGCUCAUCUCCUACAGUGUCAACGUGCGUCCACCGGAUUCUCGACUCGGUGUGCGAGAAUUUUUGAGCAUGGAUAUUGAUAUCAGCGGCUUGGAGGUGAAUCAAUGCAAUGCAUCCCCCUAUGGUGAUAGUGCAUCGUCGAGUAAUCAAAUAGCAUCCUUUAGAGGCACCCACAAGUGUCACGACGAUACCACCCAGUGCGAGUAUUAUAGUCCUAAUGGUAAGAUCAACGAACACGGUGUUGGUGCUGGAUGGGCUAAGGGUGCUUACAUUUGCAAAUGUCGACAAGGUUUCUACGGUAGGAAUCAUCAACAGACCGGCUUCGAUGGGAUUCUCGUUGAAGCUGCAUGGAAAGAAAUGCAAGAAAAUAUAAGCAAUUCUUAUGUCAAAGAAUUUCAAUGUUUACGCUGUGCUCCAGGAUGUGCCAAGUGUAAAGGACCCGAGCCCUGUUUGGCUACUUACCAUUGGCCCUUUAGGAUUACGUUAUUGGCUUUUUCCAUUUUUUGCGUCUUCGGUACCGUCGUCCUAGUGGCCUACAUGUACCAACACCGUAAACUCAAAGUAUUCAAAGUAGCCUCACCUAUAUUUUUAUCCAUCACGCUUUUGGGUUGUGCUAUUAUGUAUUUGGAGAUGGCAGCAAUAUUCCCAGUAUUGGACAUGUACUCGUGCAUAGCCACAAAGUGGACAAGGCAUCUCGGCUUUUGUAUUUCUUACACUGCAUUGUUGAUGAAGACUUGGAGAGUAUCACUGACCUAUCGCGUUAAAAGUGCACACAAGGUAAAACUAACGGAUAAACAAUUGUUACAAUGGAUGGUACCGAUAUUAUUGGUUAUGUUAAUAUACCUUGGCACGUGGACACUCAGUGCACCACCAUACGCAGAAGUGAUCGCCGAUAAAUACGGUCUGAAAUUUUAUCAAUGCUCAUUCAAUUGGUGGGAUCAUAGUCUGGCCAUUGGAGAGAUUCUAUUUCUCGCAUGGGGCAUUAAAGUCUGUUACAACGUUCGAAACGCCGAGAGUCUCUUCAACGAGGCUAGGCUGAUAAGCUACGCCAUUUAUAACAUAGCUGCAGUUAACAUCAUCAUGAUCUCCAUACACCUUUUCAUCUUCCCACACGCUGGACCGGAUAUCAAAUAUUUAUUAGGUUUUCUUCGUACUCAGUUAUCAACGUCCGUAACUAUUUUUCUCGUAUUCGGACCCAAGGUACUUAGGGUUCUUCGUGGUCACGGAGAUCAAUGGGAUAGUCGUGCACGUGCAAGAGGUGUAACUGCUAGUUUCUCAUUAAAUGGAAUUGGAUUAGUUCCCGAAGAAACGACUGAUCUUUUUCAAGAAAACGAAGAACUGAAGGAGGAAAUACAAAAGUUGGCGGCACAAAUAGAAUUCAUGAAAAUCGUACACAUGGAAAUGCACAACAGGCAUAUUAAACCUAAACCAGGUGGAUAUUUCAGCGCGCAUGGUCACACUCAUGGUCAUCCUUCGACAGCACAAAGCCCGAUUGCCAAAAGCUCGACUGCCAGUUUUAUUUUAAGACAGAGUGCAGUUGAACGAGGUGCGUCAGCGGCCGCGGCAGCGGCUGUUGAAGAUUCGACAUUCCCGUCCGGUAGUUUGCAUCGUGCAAGAAGGAUGGAAAUUCUUCGUGAAAGAAAGGCCGAAAAGGAAAGGGAAAGAGAAAAAGAAAGGGAGAAGAAAAGCGAAAAAGAAAGGGAUAGGGAAAGGGAAAUGGUUGUUGGUACUCAACAAGAAGAAAUGGAACAAAGGGAAUUACCGCAUUCCAGUUGCGAAAAAGUCUGACUAGUCGUCAACAGCGAGGAGAUAUGGUUGUGACGAAGACAAUACAUCGAUAGGAUU